AUGGUCUCGGAGCCCCUGCAGUCGUGCAGUGUAGGGCCCCCUUCCCUGUGCGGCGUGCCACCCCCUGGCCUGCGGUGCUGUGAGGAUGGGCGGGGUAGUGUGCGGGGCAGGGUGGGCCUCAAGGGCAUGGCAGUAAAGGACGGUACUCACGCCGUGGCCUGGGGCUCCUGUGCCGCCCAGGACACUCCAGCCCACGUGCAGCGGGCACUGGGCUGUCAGGCUGGGCCUCACACUGGCCCACUGGGCCGGGACCCAGGCCUGCUCAGCCGGCAGCUUGGCUGUACCAUGUCCGCUGCUGCCCAGCCCUUUCUGUCUGCCUGUGCCCGGGGCCAGGGGAGGCUGGACCCAGCCAGCCUGCUGAGCCCUAACCCUCAGGGCUCCAUGCACGUGGCUGGCAGAGCAGUGAACGCCCCUCUCCUUACACCCCCAGUGUUUGAAAACAGGGCCGUGGGCUCCAGCUGGCUUGGCGGCAAGAGGAGGAGUCCCCUGCAGAUGCUCUACGACCUGGACCAGGGCCCGCGCUCCGCGCUGGCCGAGGUGCACCGGCAGCGGCGCGACCUGCUGCGCCGCGCCUGCAGCCACCACACGCGCCGGCAGCGCCUGCUGCGGCCGGAGGACCUGCGGCACGUGCUGGUGGACGACGCCCACGGCCUGCUCUACUGCUACGUGCCCAAGGUGGCCUGCACCAACUGGAAGCGCGUGCUGCUGGCGCUGAGCGGCCGCGGCCCAGGAGACCCGCGCGCCAUCCCCGCGCACGAGGCGCACGCGCCCGGCCGCCUGCCCUCGCUGGCCGACUUCAGUCCGGCCGAGGUCAACCGGCGCCUGCGCGCCUACCUGGCCUUCCUGUUUGUGCGCGAGCCCUUCGAGCGCCUGGCCUCGGCCUACCGCAACAAGCUACAGCGGCCCUGGGGCGCCACCUUCCAGCGCCGCUUCGGCACCGGCAUCGUGCGCCGUCUGCGGCCGCGCCCGGGCCCCGACGCGCUGGUCCGCGGCCACGACGUGCGCUUCGCCGAGUUCCUGGCCUACCUGCUGGACCCGCGCACGCGCCGCGACGGGCCCUUCAACGAGCACUGGGAGCGCGCCCACGCGCUCUGCCACCCGUGCCGCCUGCGCUACGACGUCGUGGGCAAGUUCGAGACGCUGGCGGAGGACGCGGCCUUCGUGCUGAGCCUGGUGGGCGCGCCCGGCCUGCGCUUCCCCGAGCCGCCGUCCAGGGCCCAGGCCGCCGCGCGCGACCGUGCCGCGCGCCUCUUCCGCGACAUCAGCCCUUUCUACCAGCAGCGCCUCUACGGCCUCUACAGGAUGGACUUCCUGCUCUUCAACUACUCCGCUCCCUCCUACCUGCGGCUGCGCUAG